CCUCUCCAUGUUCCAAACAAAAACAGAGCGUUCAGGUUCCACGAGAGAACCCGCGUUCUACGAGAGAACCCGCGUUCCACGGGACCAGCUACGGGAGAGAGCUACGGGAGAGAGCGACGGGAGAGAGCUACGGGGUCUACGGAACCAGCGACGGGACGAGCACCGGAACCAGCCACCGGGUCCGUGAAGGCAUCUUCUGUUUCCUGUCACACCUGAGGAUCCUCAGACAUCAGCACCUGAAGGCAUCACAUCCAAAUGAGCCGGCCGUCGCAGGCUAAACUAACCACAUCGCAGCACAACGGGGUGAGCGUCAUCCAGAGUCAGGCCACCGCCCACGCCGCCGCGUCCUCCUCGUCCGUGACCGGCCUGCAGCAGGUCCCCCAGCUCCCCCCAGCCGGAGGCGGUGAGGCCGCCCCCAGCAAGAUGAAGAAGCCCUCCGCUGAGAAGGACAGCGACGAGUACCGCCAGCGCCGCGAGCGCAACAACCUGGCGGUGAAGAAGAGCCGCAUGCGCAGCAAGCAGAAGGCCAUGGACACGCAGCAGCGCGUCAACGAGCUGAAGGAGGAGAACGAGCGUCUGGAGGCCAAGAUCAAGCUGCUGAGCAAAGAGCUGAGCGUCCUCAAAGACCUCUUCCUGGAGCACGCCCACAACCUGGCCGACAACGUGCAGCCGCCCGCCGGCGCCACGGGCUCCAGCCCCGCCCCCAACACCGCCAACGGGCAGUGAGGGGGCGGAGCCUCAGGGACCUUUUGAUUACCGGGAGCUUUCACCUGCUGCAGCUUCUCUGUCACAUCUUCCUCACGCUCGUCUUCAUCACUCUGCUCUCUCACAUUUAACCCUCUGACAGAAUGUUUCCCACAAUCCUCCUGGGUCAACAAACAAACCUAUGAGUCUAUUUAUUGAGUUCAGUGAAACGCUGAGAGAGAGAGAGGUGAACAGACUGAAGGAUCCAUCAGUCGCGUUAUUGAUCCGGAUCAUCAGAGGAACGGGAGGACUAACUGGGAGGUCUGGAGGACCAGAACACUUUUCCACUGAGACCAGAAUGAGUCCAGAGUCGGCUGGAAGAAGAAUAUUGUUUUUACACGUUUGUUUGUUCUGUUGUUCUAACGUUCUUCAUCAAACCUGAUCUUUGUUUGAACAGUUCUAUUUAUACAGAAACAGCACCUUCAACCUCUGAGACGAGAUGAGAUGAUCUGAGAUGAUCUGAUCCUUAUUGGGGGAAACGUUCAGGAGUCCAUCUCUCUCAAACAGAAUUCUUUAUUUCAUCUUUUAAUGAGUGAAGUUGACAGAAUGAAUUCUAUGACUGUGUGAAGGUUAAAGGAGACAAACUGAGCUGAUCAGUUUCUGAAUCAAUCAUCUGAUCAACAGGACGUUCUGUUGUAGAACCCUUCAGCUCUAGUCUCUACAAUCAAUCUAUAAUCAAUACUGAUCACUGACAGUUAUCAUUACUCACCCCUAUAACACUCAAAGAUCAAAUAUGACGUAUGAUCAAAAUAUCUGCUGAUGGCUUUGAUGGGCUAAUCAAUGUCUUUAUUGAUUAGCCGUGACGUUAAGUGAGACUGAAACAACAAACACUGAUUCAUCUUUAUUCGGUAAAACAUUAAUAUGAGUGACAUCAGAGAGAAGCUGGGGCGUGUUUGGACGUUUUAUUGAUUAUUGAUCAACUUCCUGUUUUUAACCAAUAAUCCUUCAGAGACUCCUCUAAAGAUGAAGGUGGAGUAAUCUGUCUCACCAUGACUCCACCUGGUGCUGUGUCCGCUCACGUGUGUGUGUGUGUGUGUGUGUGUGUGUGCGUGCGUGUGCGUGUUGCUGGGCGGACCCCGACACCUCACAGCUUUAAUUAAACCCAGCAUGCCACAGAGGGGCGGGGCUUAUCCCGACAGCUUCAGAGGGCGUGGAGUGUUUUCUUCAGGAGCUUCACCGUCUGCAGGAAUGUUGUGGUUCGUCUGAGUCCUGCUGCUCCAGAGACGCUCCGCACGACGUUUGAAUAACGUUAAAAUAACGUUAAAACAAUGUUUCUAUAAUGUUAAAAUAACGUUUGAAUAACGUUAAAACAAUGUUUCUAUAACGUUAAAAUAACGUUUGAAUAACGUUAAAAUAACGUUAAAACAAUGUUUCUAUAACGUUAAAACAACGUUAAAACAAUGUUUCUACAACGUUCCCAACCUUAUUAUAGAGUUCUAAAGCUGUUCUAUCAGUUCUUCUCCACUAUUUCUAUCACAGAAAUCAAUAACUUCCUGUUCGUAGAGCGAACUGAGAGGAGCAGGUUCUGGUUCUGGUCUCCUCAUAAUGUUCCUUCAUUCAGGUUCAUGUCCUCUUUGUUUCCUGUUUCCUUGGAGACAAAGCUUCAGGAAUGAAGACGAUCUGAUGCUUCAUCAGGAUCAAAUCAAGAAUCAAAUGAUCAGCUGAUGUUUGUUUACGUUUGGGGGAGACGUUGUAGAAGCGUUGGAGGUCCGUUGUAGAAGCGUUGGAGGUCCGUUGUAGAAGCGUUGGAGGUCCGUUGUAGAAGCGUUGGAGGUCCGUUGUAGAAGCGUUGGAGGUCCGUUGGCGGCUCUUGGCGGCUCUUGGCUCAGCCGUGAUGUUUUUCACUUUUCUACCGUGUGUUUUCUACUCUUCUCUUCCAGCAGCAUGUCCUCUGAGAGUCUCUGCAUGAGGUGCGUUUGUUUUAUGUGUCGGGUGUUUGUUCUGUCUGAAUGUUGCUGGGCAGCAUUUCUCUGAGGCCCUCAGCUUUUUAUAUCACAGGAAUCUGGGUAACGUGCAUUGUAAAUUAAAAUUC